GAGUGAAGGCGCAAAGUCAGCUGUCAUCCGUACUUCCUGUUUUGAUUUUGCACGUCAGUUUUGCGCUCAAGUAUUUUUUUAUUAACCGUAUGAAUCCCUGAAAAUCGUCCAGAAAAGGCAGAGAAUCAUGAAGAUUAUCGUGAAGAAGCUCCAGGGAACAGAAUGUGACAUAGAAAUCUCAGAGGAGGGCACAGUACAGGAGCUAAAGAUGAAGAUAGCCGAGGAAAUGAACAUUCCAGUGUCACAUCAGAAGCUCCUCCGUACGGGAUUCACAUUGGCCAACAAUCGCACCCUGGAUUCGUAUGGCAUCAAAGACGGGACAAAAUUGGUGCUGCUGACAAAGAAGCCCGAUACCCUUGAGGAAGCCAUCCACAAGAGCUUCCUGAAAUUCUACACAAAUGACCAGGCAGACAGGCUAACGGCUGCCUUCAUGGAAGAUUUCUCCAAGAAGGUUUCACAGCUCAGCCUCGAUGACAUUGAACGUUUUGCCGCUGCUUCCCUGAAGCAACAGAUCUCUCAAUAAAGACCCACAAAGAAUGCUUCGCAAGUAAAAAAGAAAAA